ACUCUAUAAAUGGUCAAGUACACAACUGCCUUAUCUGCACUCUGCUUUCCCUGACAAUUCCUCUGUGUUCAAUGCCAAAUAUUUGAAUGCAUAUAAAUGUCCUACAGAUACACAUUAUGGAGCUAGUUUGGUGUGUGUUCUUGUAGUCAAAUAUAAAGAUUUGUUUGUAUUGUUGUCGAGUUGCAGAUAAGAUGAACACGAAGAGCAAGCCUGCUGGAGUAUUUUCUCCAGCACGAGGAAUCACCGCGGUGGGGAGCAGCAGCCCGGAUGGAUUUGCGCCGUGGGAGAUGAGGCCAAUGGGAAUGCUGGUACAGAAAAGGAACAUUGAUGCAGAUCAUUGUUCAGUUCCAGUUCCAACUAUCAGAGUCAAAGUGAAAUAUGGAUCAUCAUAUCUCGAUUUUGAUAUUAGUCCACAAGCAAGUUUUGGGGACUUGAAGAAAUUGGUGGCGAAACCGACUGGUGUGCACCAUGAGGACCAGAAGCUGAUAUUCAAAGAUAAAGAAAGAGAAUCAAGAACAUUUCUUGAUGGGGCUGGUGUUAAAGAUGGAUCCAAACUUGUGUUAGUUGCAGAUGUUGAUGCAAGAGAAAGUCGCUAUCUUGAAGCGCGGAAUAAUGCUAAAAUGGAGAAGGCAUUGAAGGAUAUAACUGAGAUUAGCUUGGAAGUAGACAAGUUUGCUAAGCAGGUAAUUAAUUUUGAAACACAAGUCUGUGGUGGCAAGAGAGUUUUGGAGAAAAGUCUGUUGAAUCUGGUUGAGCAAUUGAUGACACAGUUGAUAAAACUUGAUGAGAUUGUAGGUGAUGGAGAUGUCAAAUCGAAACGAAGAUUACAGGUGAAGAGAGUCCAGAAGUACAUAGAAACUCUUGAUAGGCUUAAGACUAGGAACUCGAUGAUCGGGAAUAAUGUGCCAAUGCAGCAGCAGCCGAAGCAGAAGAUUACAGCAGCUGUCGAGAAACUGCAGAUAAAUCCAAUUCAGAAGCAACAAGAACAGCACAGAAAGCACAGAUUGGCUGUGGUGAAGCCUGUUGUGGCAACUAAAAACUGGGAAACUGGCGUGUCGGCGAAAAUGCAGUACAAGAACUCUGGAUCAGCAGUUAAUUAUGGCACUAAUAAUGCAAGUUCUAGGCCAAAAUUGGGAAUAUUUUGUGUAAAGUUUCAUCAACUGUUCAUGAUUCACAAGUUUAAAAUAAAUCACAUUUUUUAAAA